CAUUCAGCUCUUCAUUUACUGACAGACAUAAGACAGUGCUUCAGUGCAUCUGUAAGGCGUACUCUUACAUCUAGAGCACAUUAUACAUUACAUUAUGACCUCUAACCACUGACGGCUUUAUUUUAUUUACAUUUAUUUACCUUUUUGUCACAGAAAUGGCUGUUCUUUUGGCCUUGUUAUGUCUCACAAGUGUUGCAGAUGUAUUAGGAAAGCAAAAGAUAAAUUCAGAAAACAUAACACGGAUUCUAGACCGACUUCUUGAGGGUUAUGACAAUCGACUGCGCCCGGGAUCUGGAGUCUCUGUAACUGAGGUCAAAACAGACAUAUUCGUCACAAGUUUUGGACCAGUGUCUGAUGUUAAGAUGGAGUUCACCAUGGAUAUGUUUUUCCGCCAAAUGUGGGUUGACGAGAGGUUAGCCUUUCAGGGGCCCGUCGAAAUCUUGCCUUUGAAUAAUCGCAUGGUGGACAAGAUCUGGACGCCCGACAUGUUUUUUCGCAAUGCAAGGACGUCACUCGCACACAACAUGACGUCUCCUAACAAGCUGUUUCGAAUCAUGCAAAACGGAACGGUCUUUUACACUAUGAGGCUGACUGUUAGUGCAGUAUGUCCAAUGGUGUUGUUGGACUUUCCUAUGGAUGGACACACAUGUCCUCUCCUGUUUGGAAGCUAUGCUUACACUAAUCAUGAAACCGUCUACACGUGGAGGAAGGGUCUUCAAGCAUCAGUACAUUUUCCUCCAGAAUCAUCAAGCUUACUUCAGUAUGAUCUUGUGGGCCAGACCUUGUUCAGCGAAACAUAUAAGUUCAGCACAGGAAUCACCACUGUGCUCACCAUGACCACUCUGAGCAUCAGCGCCCGCUCCUCGCUGCCCAAAGUCUCCUACGCCACCGCCAUGGACUGGUUCAUCGCCGUCUGCUUUGCCUUCGUGGCUUCGGCCCUCGUCGAGUUUGCGGCGGUCAACUACUUUGCCACGCUCGAGGCCAACAGGGAAAAACGCCGGCUCUCCAGGGCCUCCGUUCUGGAGUCCAUAGCCCAGGGCAGCGACGACGAGCCGGAGACGCCUCAGUCUGAUACCAGUGGCUUUACCCGCAGAAGACGGGCGAACUCUGUGUCCGAGGCGCCCAGGAAUCGCUAUCCCAUCUUCCUUCAGGGCUCGGCUGUCCCACCCAACAUGAUGCUGGCAGGCACCAGUGCCAUAGACAAAUACUCCCGCAUCCUCUUCCCUCUGGCCUUUGGGAUCUUCAACCUCAUCUACUGGUACAUCUACCUCAGCAAGGACACCAUGGAAAAGCCCAGGUCUGUGCUCUGAAAACAGAAAAAAUCCCCUACUCUGCAUCAAGGAGGGAGUUUUUAGUAUGUUUUAUUACGUUGUGUUCUUUCUCUCCGUUUUAUUGGAGUGCAACUCAGAAUCAGAAUGAGCUUUUUUAUUUUUAGA